CGAACUGGCCAUGAUCAUCCGCUUUUAUUGAUCUAUGUAUUUAUUUAAUUUUUUUAUUGCAAGAAAAUUAUACUGCCUACAGAUCAGUUCACAGGAACAUAAGUUCAAUUUUUAAUGACAUUGAAACAGGACAGCCCUGUUCAGCAUAGACGAGUAUGCUGUGGGACAGCGCACGCUGGAUUGGUAUUGUGCUGGGACUGAUACACAUAAAUCAGAGAGGGAUGUGUCAGGUUCGAAUGAAACUCAACCCUCUCGCCCCACACACCCUGAGGGGCCACAUUUCUCCUCAUUUCUGAACCCAGCUCAGGUGUGUCUUUACAUGCCGAAACGCUCGAUGUCAUUAAUGCUCAAACCGCAGCUCAGCACAGUCUCUCUCUCUCUCUCUCUCUCUCUCUCACUCUUCUUCCUUGCAGCCAUAGCUGAUCUGCUGCAAUGACCAGUGUUGGCACCCCGCUAUUCUUGCUCUUGUAUUUGGUGGUUGUUGUCCAGUCGCAAGACGAGUGUGAUGGCCCUUCCUGUCACCCCCAACUGGGUGACCUCAUGGUGGGCCGCAGUGGUCAGCUUUCAGCCACCUCUACCUGCGGACUGGACGGACCCCAGAAAUACUGCAUCUUGGGACACUUGGAGGAUGAACAGAAAUGCUUCACUUGUGACUCAAGGCACCCAUACAAUCGCUACAACAACCCCAACAGCCACCUGAUCGAGAAUAUUAUCACAACCUUUGACCCUGAGCGCAAGAUGAAAUGGUGGCAGUCAGUGAAUGGUGUUCAUCAAGUCAGUAUCCGAUUGGAUUUGGAAUCGCUCUUCCAGUUCAGCCACCUGGUUCUCACAUUCAAGAGUUUCCGUCCCGCCUCUAUGCUGGUGGAAAGGUCUAAAGACAACGGAAGGACCUGGAAACUAUUCCGUUACUUUGCAGAGGAUUGUAGGUUGUCCUUUCCUGGAAUCUCAGAGGGACCGGCCGACAGCGUGGAUGAUGUCAUCUGUGACAGCCGAUACUCAGGGGCAGAGCCUUCCACAGACGGAGAGGUUGUGUUAAAGGCCUUGGAUCCCAGCUUCCGGAUUGAUGACCCCUACAGUCCUGAAAUACAAGACCUCAUCACCAUGACGAACCUGCGGGUGAACUUCACACGCCUCUUCACCCUGGGUGACACGCUGCUGGCCCGAAAGCGCAGGAACCCUGAGGAGAAGUACUACUACGCCCUGUACGAGAUGGUGGUGCGGGGCAGCUGCUUCUGCAAUGGCCACGCCACCCAGUGUGUGCCCGUGGAAAGCACCCGUGGAGAUGUUUUCAUGGAGCCAGGCAUGGUCCACGGUCGCUGUGUCUGUCACCACAACACAGCAGGGAAUAACUGUGAGCGAUGCCAGGACUUUCACAACGACAGCCCCUGGAGACCAGCAGGACAGACAGAUUCAGUCUGCAGAAGGUGUAACUGCAAUGGCCACUCCGAGCAAUGCCAUUUUGACAUUGCGGUUUACCUGGCCAGUGGAGAGGUCAGCGGGGGUGUCUGCGAUGACUGUAGGAACAACCGGGUCGGGGUUCACUGCGAAGAGUGCAGCCCCUUCUUUUACCAAGACCCCCGCCUACCCUCAGAUCAUCCAAGUGCCUGUAUCCCUUGUGACUGUGACCCAGAGGGCUCGAUAAGCGGAGGACUGUGUGACCCCAGCACUGGAGCCUGCGUCUGUAAGAACAAUGUGGAGGGAGGCAGGUGCGACCGCUGCAAGUUCGGAUUUUUCGGAUUUAGGCCGGAGAACCCCGAUGGCUGCCAGGCCUGCAGGUGUAACCUUCUGGGGAGUGUUCAGACUCCACAUCCAUGUGAUCAAGUGACAGGGGCAUGCAUUUGUCAACGACUUGCCAUAGGACCACUGUGUGACCAGUGCGUGCCUGGGUACUGGGGCCUAGGAAACUCUGCGUACCCCUGCUCACACUGUGACUGUGAUAUCGGAGGAGCCUACAACAGCAGGUGCAGUCCAGUGGAUGGCCAGUGUCAGUGUCUUCCCAACAUGGUGGGCCGCACCUGCAGUGACCCCGCCAGCGGAUACUUCCUCGCCCCGCUGGACUACUACAUAUAUGAAGCGGAGCGUGCUGCUCCCAUUGAACGCCGAGGUUCCUCCUUGGUGAACCCUACUUCUGGGCCGCCCACUUUUGUGCCCCCCACUCUUGUUCCGCCCCCUUUUGUUCGGCCCACUUUGGCACCGAGCUGUGAGGACUUCUACAGACAGAGGGGGUACGACUUCACAUACCGCGACGGGAAAUUCAUCCUCAUCAAGAGGAACAAGCGCAGGGCUCGGCAGCGGAGACAGAGCUCCAUUCCAGUGGAGCCUGGAUCGGCCCUGCAAGUCAUUCCCCGACAGCGGACAGGAGACCAACCCGUCACGUGGACCGGACCCGGUUUCGUGCGCGUUCAGGACGGGGCGGGGCUAAGGUUUACUGUCGACAACCUGCCGGCCUCCCUGGACUAUGCCUUGAUCAUCCGCUUUGAGCCCGAGACUGCAGACAACUGGGCCGCCAUCGUGAAAGUCGUCCUCGCAGGAUCACCUGGUGAUGGGGUCUGUCCCCCCCCGACAGAGAAACACACUGUUGCGCUUUCUGGUACUGCCAGAACCGCACUUCUGGAUCCGUUUGCGUGUCUGAACCAUGGAGGACAGUACUACGUGGAGAUCGUCUUUGAGAGACGCACUAACAUCGAGCCACAGCCCAGCUCAUACAUCCUCAUAGACUCGAUGGGACUCAUCCCGAAGAUCGACUCCAUGCAGAACUUCUGUUCGGACCAGAGCCUGGACGAGUUCCGGCGGUACGGGUGCAUUGGACUCGGGGUGGAGGUGGGGGAUCCGGUCCUGCCCGAGGUGUGUGAGAGGCUCAUCAGCAGCAUGUCAGCUCGGAUCCACAAUGGCGCUGUUCCCUGCAGGUGUAAUGCAGAGGGUGCUGUCAGCCUCUCCUGCAGUAAACUUGGCGGACGGUGCCAGUGCAAACCUAAUGUGAUUGGUCGCUGCUGUGACUCCUGCACACCUCAAACAUUUGGGUUCGGACCUGAAGGCUGCACAAGCUGUGACUGCCACCCCCAGGGCUCCAUAGCGUCGCUGUGUGACCAGGUGAGCGGCCAGUGUCCAUGCCGGAAAGAGGUGACCGGCCGGCAGUGCGAUCGGUGUCUGCCUGGGCACUUUGGCUUCCCCCAGUGUCAGCCCUGUCAGUGUAACGCACUGGCAGACCACUGCGACCCCGCCACUGGAGUCUGCCUGGGCUGCAGAGACCACUCCACUGGACCCAACUGUGAGAGGUGUGAGGAGGGUUACUAUGGUGACCCUGUGUUCAGGGAGCCGUGCCAGCCCUGCCUGUGCCCCGACCUGCAGUCCAGCGGGCGUUUCUUUGCCCGGUCCUGCAGCAAGGACCCCGACACCCAGCAGGUCCGCUGCGACUGCAACCCAGGACACACAGGACCGCGCUGCGACAUCUGUUCCCCUGGCUCUUAUGGUGACCUGUCAUUACCGGACGGGAAAUGCACACCCUGUGACUGCGACCCCCAGGGCUCCGUAGAGCUGUGUGACCAGGUGAGCGGCCAGUGUCAAUGCCGGAAAGAGGUGACCGGCCAGCGGUGCGACCGGUGUCUGCCUGGGCACUUUGGCUUCCCCCAGUGUCAGCCCUGUCAGUGUAACGCACUGGCAGACCACUGUGACCCCACCACUGGAGUCUGCCUGGGCUGCAGAGACCACUCCACUGGACCCAACUGUGAGAGGUGCGAGGAGGGUUACUCUGGCGACCCCACAUUCAGGGAUCCGUGUGAGCCCUGUCUGUGCCCGGACUUACAGUCCAGCGAGCGUUUCUUCGCCCGGUCCUGCAGCAAGGACCCCGACACCGAGCAGGUCCGCUGCGACUGCAACCCAGGAUACGCAGGUCCACACUGUGAUGACUGUGCCCCUGGUUUCUACGGUGACCUAACAUUGCCAGAAAACCGCUGUACUGAGUGUCCCUGCAACAACAACACCGACCCCCUGGACAGGAACGCCUGUGACUCCUUGACGGGCGAGUGCCUCCACUGCCUGCACAACACCACUGGACUCCACUGUCAGAGCUGCAAGCCAGGUUACCAUGGUGAUGCAUUGGCCCAGGACUGCAAAGCAUGCUUGUGUGAUCCCCGGGGGACAGAGAUCACCCUCUGUCCAGUGGGAAGCCCCUGUCGGUGUGACCAGGCGACAGGAAAUUGCACCUGCCGUACAGGGGUGAUUGGCGACCUUUGUACCGAGUGCGCUGACGGAUUCUGGAACUUUGAUGGAGUGGCCGGAUGCCAGCCUUGUGCCUGUGACCCCACCAACUCCCUCAGUAACAACUGCAACAAGACCACAGGACAGUGUCAAUGUCUUCCCGAAUAUGGGGGAAGACAGUGUGAUGAGUGCGGAGAGAAUUACUUUGGGAAUCCUGACCUCGAGUGCAUAUCCUGCGACUGCAACAUGGAGGGCACAGCACGUCCCGCGUGUGACUCUUACACGGGCGAGUGUAUAUGCCGCACCGGGGUGACGGGGAUCUUCUGCAACGAGUGCGCUCCGGGAUACGAGUCCGCCUUCCCCGAGUGUGCCCCUUGCCACCCCUGCUCACAGUUCUGGGUCGGGAACGUCUCGGACGUGCUCCAGGCGGCGCAGAAGAUGCGAUCGGUUUUUCCUCGCCCUACCGAGAGCAAAGAGCCCGAUUACAGUCCGCAGUUCAAAAAGAUGAAGGAGAAACUCAUCGAGCUGUCGGAAUUGGUCAACAGCUCCAGUGUCUCCACUCCUGAGAUAAUGAACAUGGAGGAGAUGUGCACACACAUACAGAUGUUAAAAGACUCAAUCGAUCCCAAUGUGAUCGUAAUCGAUAAGACGGCACUCCUGAAUACUGAUAUUGAUAAUAUCAAAUAUGAAUUCACAAAACUGCUGGAUAAAUUGAUUGAAAAAUUAAAACCAAUCGGCCCCAAAACGGAUCCAAAAGAGGUGAAGGAGGCCCUGGAGAAGAUCAAGAAAUACCAUGCAAAGGACGAGGAGGCGGAGAAACAGCUGAAACAGGCCAAGGCCAUGCUGGAGUCCUCCAAGGAUCAGCGGCAGGAGGCCAAAGAGAGACUGGACAGCUGUACCAGAAAAGACUGGACCAACCUGGAGAAGAUGAUCAAGUCCCUGAGUGUGUCCGACCUCAAUGAGGAUAUCUGUGGGCCACCGGGUGAGGCUGAAUGCUCAGAGGCAAUGUGCGGGGGUGCACUGUGUAAGGAUGCCACAGGGGCUCGGAAGUGUGGGGGUCCUGCCUGCACGGGCAGCCUUCCUGUGAGCCAGAACGCCUCAAAAACGGCAGAAAAGACGGCAGACAUCCUCCUAGACCUUCUUCGCAAGCUGCGUGACUCCAGCGCUAAGAUCAAUCAGGCUAAACAGCAGGCAGAGGACACCAAAGACCAGGCAGCGAAACUGAUGAAGAAGAUUGAAGACAGCAAGGAGAAGUUUGAAAAGGAAAAGAAUGGCACCAAGGAUCUCAUAAAACGUGUCAAGGACUACCUCAACGAUGAGAUGGUGGCUCCUGAGGACAUUCAGAAACUCGCCGAGGCUGUCCUUGCAAUCAAGUUUCCGGCGCCUCCUAGUGCAAUUCGGGCCAUGAUUGAGAAUAUCCGGAACAUCCUGGUCAACUGUAGCGAACUGCAGGAGGACCUAAAGAAUGUGCAGGACCAUGUCAAGAUUGCCCAGGAUCUGUUGGAGAAAGCCAAGGAGGUCCAGGAAAACGCUAAGAAAAUUGAUGUCGGCGACAUAAAGAAAGCAAUAGAAGAUGCAGAAAAGGCACAGGACAAGGUUAAGAGAAAUCUGGAGCAGGCAAAACGUGACAAGGACACCAUUGACAACAAACUGAAAGAGAUUGAAAGGAAGCUGAAGAACACAGAGAUCAGUUUGGACCCCAAGAAGAUUAAAGACCUGCUGGAUGCAACUGAGGCCCUGAAGAAUAAGACGGAGAUGAACAGACAGCAAGCAAAGGAGGCAAAGGCUGCAGCUGAUACCGCUCAGGCCGAUGCCAAAGACCUUGAGAAGGACCUCAAGAAUGUGACUGAUCUCUUUGAAACCUUGAAGAAAAUGGGAACAAAUCAGAGUUCCAAUGCUGAGGUCGAUGAGAGAUUGAAAAACAUUACAAUGCAAGCAGAGGACCUUGCAAAGGAAGUUCAAGACAAAACUAAAAAAGCUGAUGACUUGGAAAAAAAAAUUGAAGACCUUCUGAAACUAAAGUCGGAAAAAGCAGACGAAGUUGAAAAACUGUUGGAGUCAGCCGAGAAACUCAAGAAAGAAAUUGCAGAUAUGGCUUUGGUCUACAGCGACUGCUAGUCCUAAUGGAUGGAGGACUAAACUAGCCUGAGAAAUCACCAGGAGUUUAUUAAGCUAAGCAGUCUUACAUUCAUAUUUUCCAUUCCCUAGUAUGGAUAGCGACAGAACGUAACCUUAAUGUUUCUUAGGUUGCUAAAAUACUGGUUGAGGCAAAUGUAUUGUUGAUUGUAUUGCUCUACUAAAUAGAGAAAGUGAGUAUGCGUGUGUGUGUGUGUGUGUGUGUGUGUGUGUGUAUGUGAAUGUGUGUGCAUGAGAGAGAGAGAGAGAGAGAGAGAGAGAGAGAGGGAUUCAAUCUGGUUCACAUAUAAUAUGUAUGAUGAAUUCACUCAGGUAUGUACUUCUAUACAUCAUAUCAAUCGCAGGUGCUUUGCUCUGAUACACAAGUAUCUAAUUAGGUAUACAGAACCCCUAGUCUCUACUGUAAAUCUGUAUGCAGUGUUCCAAGAUCCAUGCUUAAGAGACAUUCCCUGUGUGUCCACAAGGAGGUGUUAUGUGACCAUCACAGAAUAAGCUUGAAAUGGGGAUGAAUAUUGUUUAUAUAGUCAUACUGCUUUUCUGAAUUAUAUUUCUUCCUUCCUGAAAGAGUGUAUAAUUGUAGUUCCGUGAGUCCUACUGUUCAGGAAUGUUUCUGUGUAUUUACUUUCAACUCUGAACUGUAAUUUUCACACUAGAAUUGGCUUGGAAUAUUAUGGAAUUAAAUCAAUUUUAGUACACUA